AUGACAACGCAACAAUUUUAUGAUGAUGACGAGUUUGCCAACGUACCAAAAUCCCUCCUCCCAAUAAUAAAAUUCCUUUUUAAUCCUUUGAAUGACCCCAAACAUCAACAAGAGUCUUUUCUCUCAAAUCCUUUUGCCUUCUUCUCAUCGUUCUCAAAAAAGAAGAACACCGCAAAGCCAUAUGUUUCUUUCAAAGGAUUAAAUGAUGUACCAAUUGAGUUUCUUUUAAUGAUUUGCAAAAAUCUAGAGCCCACAGAUAUUUUUGCAUUGGCUGGUGUGAAUAAACAUCUCCGAACAAUAUUACUUGACAUUGAAAACAAACAAACACAAGAACUAUGGCGCAUCUCUCGCCUCGAGCAUUCUCCCUUUCUCGAUGUGCCCCUCCCAAAGGGCAUGACAGAACAAGAGUUUUUAACGCUUACUGCGCUUGAAAGAGGGUGUCAAUUUUGUGGAUUGAGGGUUUCUUGGGUGCGCAUCUAUUGGCAAUAUCGCGUCCGCGCGUGUACCGACUGUUAUCUGUGCCGUUUUGUCUCUAAUUCGUAUUUGAACAGGAGGCCUAAUGGAUUCUACAGGACAACUGAAUCACUCGAAGAAUUGAAACGACUCGAAAAUAAUGAUAAACGAAGACUUGAAUACAUAAUCAGUUAUAGAAAACAAAGACUUGGUGAAAUUAUAGACGAAUUAUCGGAGGAGGUUGUUCCCGAUAACAUGAGCAUAAAGAGCGGCUACAGUAGUUCCAGCGAUGCCACAUCUGAAGGUGUUUCGCUCAAGUAUGACCCAUUCAUUCUUCGCAAAUGUCCUUCGUAUUUGAAAGAGUGGAAAUAUCUUGAUCGCCCAUUUACAACAAGAGACGAAGUUAAAUUAAGAAGAAAACUUGACUACGAGUACCAAAUAUUAGAAAAGCAUUAUUCUUCAUCAUGA